AUGUGGUUUAUUGCUUCCAUGAUCCAUAUCUCUUGUCUUCUCUUCGGCGUUAAUAUUUUUCGCACUUGUGAAGAGGAAAGAGAGGACGAAAGGGCAGGAAAAAUGGCAGGGGGUGCAGCAGGUGGGUUUGUGACGCGGGCAUUUGAGUCGAUGCUCAAAGAGUGUGCCAACAAAAAGUACACUAAUCUUCAGUCUGCAAUCCAGACAUAUAUAGAGGUGUCAUUGGAGUUCACACCGGUCAAAUGCGCAUUCUAUGUGUCAGGGAAGGAAACUUUACGAUGUCUUUCCAGGAAAAUAACCAAGCAUGUUCUAUGA